AUUCGAUUUCAUUCAUCUAUCUCUUCACAGUUUUAGUAGUACUGGAUGGUUUAAAUGAAAAGUUUUUAUAGUCGCUUUAAACAACACCAGUAGCUAUGAAUAUUUGUGCGCGGUUAAGAAUAGACAGAUUUUAUGUUUUAAUCUAGGGUUCUGUCUGUGUUCCAGUUUUCACUAUAUGCCGUUUCAUUUCUUAACCUAUAAAAUGUUGAUAACCUCACAGGUAUAGUGUAUUCAUUUUGUAUACAUAUAUAUAGUAACUUAUACAUGCUUUUUCGCUUCCAGAUUUGUCAAUCUUGUGAUGGUAAACUUGAACUAUUAUGCAAUCAGGGGUAUGGUUUAUAUUGGAAUAAAUCUGAUGUAUGUUUAGUUUUUUUGGGUUUAUUUAGUGCGUCGUUACGCAUAGGCUUCAGUACGACAUUUAUUCUUGCUAAGUCAUUCUACGUUAUAACAUUGGUUGGUUGUUAUUUAAAAGUCUACAGUCUCUAUUCACAUCAUCCACGUUUGGGUCCUAAAUUAGUUAUGGUUAGAAGUAUGCUAAUUGAAUUGCAAAUGUUUAUAUUCAUACUUGUCGUUGUGCUGGUUAGUUAUGGUGUAUCACAACAAGUAUUACUUUAUCCCUAUCGUGCUAAUUUCUCAUGGAGAACUUUACGUGAUAUAUUUUAUUAUCCUUACUGGAAUUUAUAUGGUGAAAUUAUGUUAGAAUAUGCUUUUGGUAAGGUUUGCUGAAUGAUUGUUGAAUAUUUUACGAAUAAUUUGUUUUAGAAAAUAUUCUGACUAAAUAGUGAAAUAUACAGCACUUUAAUGAAUGUGUUUCACUAAGAACACAUAUUUACCACUUACCGUAUUAUUUGUGAUAAAGUUUAGAGAGAUUUGUGUAGUGUUACGAUAAUUUACAAACCAACAUACACUAGUCUUACUGAGCAGUCCUGAAGGAUCACUGAGUAGAGUUUUCUGGUGUAUGCUUCUAUUAAGUUGUAGACUGGGACGAAAUAAAUGUCCCAGUGCUCAUUGUUUCACAACGAGAAAUGGUUCAGUGGUUAAAGUAUUAGCCUCUCCGUUGAGUUCCUGGUUCAAACACUAUAUUGCCUAAUAAUAUCAGCAGCUCUCGCACUUAGUAUGGGGCGAAGCAAAGCAAAUAAAUCCGUACAUAGUUAUACAUUAGUCUUGAUCGUCAGUGAUCGUGUAGUUAAUGUUGGUUUGUAGCAUAAGCUAUUUUCAGAUUAACUUACAGUAACUUAAAAUAAAACAUUCAUCAGGAAUUAUCAGAUCGAAAGUCGUUAUAAAUGAGUUAGAUUUGUUUUUAACAGUUUGCUAAAUAGUUUCAGGCAGUUCCUACCAUUUACUAAGAUUCCUUCAGUAAAAAUUAUUUUUUGAGUGUAUCAUUUCUUUACUGGCAUUUAACAUGAUUGUUUUUAGUUGUAAAGUACGAGUUACUAUCAAAUUAAAAGUAGUGUAGACGAUGCAAGCCAAUAUUUAAUGUCAUACUGAUUCUCUAAUCUUAAUACAAAAAUAUGGUGUCGCAAAAUGCGUCUAAACUGAAUAAUUAUAUUAUUUGUUUGUAUCAACUAGAAGUGGAAACAUGCUUCUACUAUAUAACAGUUUAUAAAAUGUUAACGCAACUGCACUGUUUCCAUCCAGUGCAAAAAUUUCCCUAGUCGUGAGUCAUUUCAGAAUAGCAACCAAUAAAAUCAUUACCUCAGAAUAAGACAAGCUAAGAGAAAAAGAGAAUAUAAUAAACAUCCUGCUGUUUAAUAAUCUUCCUAAAAAUAUUACUAAAAUCACAUUAAAGCAAAAUUAUCCUUCUAUAAAUGUUAUAACGUUCACGAUUUACUUUGAUAAACACAGUGUAGUUCAUUUAUCCUGGUGUAAUUUUUUUCUUUUGAUCUCUCUUGUUCUCUUUAUUUUUUUUAUUUUUAUCAAAGAAAAUUUUCUGUCUGAUUUACUAUAUAAAGAGUCUACAUACUUUUGGGAUUACUCGACAUUUACUCUCACAAUUUGUCAAUUCUUGCAUAUCACUUAUCAUUCUUUACUGUAUUUUAUUAUUGUUCCCGGGAUUUUGAGAAAAGACUUUGCGGGGAGUACUGAAGGCAGUUAGUAAGGUCUGUGGUAAAUUUUUUGGGGUCAUUAUUAUUAUGGUUGUGGAUAGACAUCUAAAGUCUUCCAAACUCCUGGCAGGUGUUAUCUUAUCAGAUAAUAACCAUCCAAUUCAUUCAUAUCCUUCUCCCUGAUUAUCUUCUGGUAGAACGAGGUGUCGACACAUUAGAAUCUAUUCACUCAAGCAAAGGUAUAAAAGCUCUACAAUACCUUACCUAGUAAAUAUACUAUGUGACGAACAGGUUAUGGGAAGUGAUCAAAUCAACAGCUUGUCUUCUUAAACAUGUUUCUAAUUGAAAAAGUUGUGCCGGUUCAAAUCUUCUCUAAUGAAAAAUAAAACCCAUUUCAUUUAAUUCCAGCUGAAAAUGAAGGUUGUACAGCGACUGGUGUAUUGAAUUCGGAAUGUCCAAUGUCUAAUUAUUUAAGUCCAUUAUUUUUAGCUGUUUAUUUAAUGAUUGCUGGGAUUUUAUUAAUCAAUCUGUUAAUUGCAAUUUUCAGUAAUGUAUUUGAAAAAAUUGAAGAGAAUUCAAUUGAAUUAUGGAAAUUUAAUAUAUUUUCAAUAGUAUUGGAAUACAGUAAUAGACCAGUUCUACCGGUACCUUUUUCUAGUAUCACAGCUAUUAUCAAACUUAUAUUGUAUUGUUUACGUGUCAAAGUGAUUCAUUCAAAGAUUCAACAGUGUAAGUAUUGAGCAUAAUUAUUUAUAAAGCAUAUUUCUUUAAAGUAUAUGUUAAUUGAUAUUAUUAGUGGAAAUCAAUUAGAACAAGAUAGAUAUAAGCGAACAAUAUUGUUUUCGAUUAAAUCUUCAUCAGGCUAAACUCUAAUAUACAGUAAUAUUUAUAUGCAUAUACGAAAUUAUUAAAUCAAUCAAUGUAGUUCAUGAGUCAGUGAUAACAGGGGAAUAGAUUACAUAAAUAAGUGAAAAGUACAGAUUGAUAGUGUGAUGACGGGUGUACUAGUUCUGAUAAGAAUAAUAAAGGCUUGAAUCAGUGUAACAUAAUGCAAAAUAGGUCAAUAAUUAGAAAAAUGUAGACACCGAAAUAACAUUCAUAAAGAUUAUAAGAUUACGUAGAAAGAAGUGUUCAGAUAAUUGGACUGUGAAGCGUAUCUUUGAGAAAAGAAUAGAGUGGGAAAGGAUGAAGAAAAAUAAACGAAGAAUGAGUAUUGAAAAUAAUAAUAAAUAAAAUCAUUUACUAAGGCCAAGGGAGAGAUAAAUCUGUUACAAAUUUCUUAUGAUUACAUAGACUUGGACUCGAAUUCCUAUAGCUUCUGCUAUGUAUAAGAGAUAAGAUCGAACCUCAUAAGGAAAAUUGGUAGGAAUACGACAAAUUACUCAAAAUGAUUUAUUUUUGUCUACUACAUAGCUGCUACCGAUCAAGUGUGACGAAACGGGGCUACAUAUUGUUUUGAUUCUACCCUAUCGUAACAAUGAAGAGGUGUUCACUAACUCGGUUGUCUUGUAGUGAGCCCAAUAUAGCUUUCUUCACAGAAGGAGUUGAGUUCGUAGACACACUUAGAUGAAGCAGAACCAGGUAACUUAUCCUUUAGUCGAGGAAUCGCUAUAGGUCGAGUCGUGACAGAGGUUAGCUGCAUUAAACGUUCUCUUCACAGCUCUAGUUAGUCUAUCCCGUAGCACAUCACCAGAUAUAUCUCCGUUGUAUUUCAGCUUCAGGAAGAGGGUUUUACUAUCCUUUGAUGAUGCUACUUUCCUGUUUGUUACAUGUAAUUGUUUCUUCAGGAAACCUUGUGGAUAGCACAUUUUAUUCAAUAUAUUAUGAAUAAGCUCUAGUUCCUUGUUUAUAGUAUCGACUUAGCAUAUCUCCCUAGCUCUAUUUGAAAGACAUCUAACUAGGUUUCUCUUAUAAUGAAUGGGUACAAAUCUCAGGUAAUUUGUGUACUAUUUUACUGAAAAACAUUUCCUACACACACUUCUACUGAUGGAACCACUUUCUUUUCUGUUUAACAAAACUUCAAGGAAAUGUUUAUUAUCAAGUUCCUCUUCACAUGUAAAUUUGAUUGCUGAAUGUUUAUUGUUAAAUAGCUCUAAGAGUUUUUGGUUUCGAUUGUUCUAAUCAACGAUAAUGAAAGUAUCAUCAAUGUAACGAUAAUAAUAGUUAAAUUUAUCGAUAACCACUUUGAGAGGUCCUUUUCCUAGUUUCUCAACAACAACAAAAAAAUCUGCCUGGAUAGAACCUCGAAGUGAACUCAUCGUUAUUCCAUCAAUUUUCCUAUAUUAUAUGUUAUUAAAAACAAAAUAGACAUUCAUUUUACAUUCCAAACAACCUUUUUACAUUACUACUAGAUAAUAAAAUAGUUUGAACUGUUUAGAUACUGCAGUUUUUUAUUCGUCUAUCUUUAUACAGUUACUAGCCAUAGUAACAAAAGUUCAUUGUCCAUUAACUUAUAUUAUUAAUUUCAAUAAUUGGAACCAUGAGUCAACUGAAGCUAGACCAUCAUGGAAAACCUGGAAGCAUUGGAUGGCCGUUUCGUCCUACUAUGGGACUCCUGUUGGUCUACCUUCAAAUUGUCUCAUGAUUUCAACUAUUGAAACUCCAAAAAUCUCCACAAAACCCCUUCUGAUUAUAUUAUUAAUAUUUAAAUGAAUAACUGUUAAUAUGUUCUAAAUAGACGUUACUUUU